CACGCCCUGGAGACGUCGCGCCCGGCCACGUGACCACCACCUCCCGCGGGAAGAGGCGGCGGAGCGGCCCAGCAUUGCUGGUGUGAGAUGCUGCCAAGUGCUGGUGUCUAUUACUUCCCAUGGGAGAUCAACAGCUCAGUGCCAGAGGGGGAGGUGCUGAGGACAUUUGGCAGGUUAUGCUGCUACGACCUGGCCCGGUCCGAAGCCGUUCUCACUGCUCAGCACCACUCAACUCAGUACCGGGUCUGUGUCGGCACCAAGUUUGUGGAGCCAUUCCAAGCCCAGCUGGGAUCUCUCUACAUGGUCCUGGGAGAGGUUGAACACAGGGAAGGUGAGGGUCCCGUAGUAAAAGCACGAAUAUUGACCUGCGUGGAAGGGAUGAAUGUGCCCUUGCUGGAACGAGCCAUAGAGGAGCAGAGAAAAUACUUCAACGAGAGGCAGGAGCGGAUGGGAAAGAGCACAUCCUGACAGCAGCUCUGAGACCAGCCAUAUGCUGGUCCUUGCACUACCAUUUGCAACAAAUACAUUAAAAGUAAAUUUAGAAGGUG